AUGAUACAGUUAUUUUUCAAUGUCUUAAGAAUCUAAUGGCACAAGUUAAUGAAGAAUGGUGGAAUGAAAACCCAGAUAUAGCUGAUGCAUUUAGAUUGUUUAUUGCAACCACUAUUAGAAUACAUAUCAUUAAUGUUAUAAAAUAUAAUGAGGAUCUACACCUUUCAAAUACACUGGCUUUAAAUGAA